AUGUCGCACCGCGAUCGUGACAUCUAUGACGACCGCGAGUCGUAUUACUCGACGGGUCCUCCCCGUCGCUCCCGUGCCGGCUCUGAUACGGACCUGUAUGAGCGGUUCCAAGAGGUUCGCCGUGACGACAGGAGGAUGCCUGUACGGGAGCGCGACCGGGACAACGACUCCGACUCUCGCCUGCCCUCGUUUAUGAGGCGCGAGGAGUCUCGUCGUCCAGUAGAGUCCUCUGGCCCGCUGGUCCUGCGCCAACGUGAGGUGGAGACUGUUACGAGGCCACAGCCCAGGUCGCCCAGCCAAGUCCGAUUUCAGGAGGAGCGCAGUUACAUCCGCCGGACGAGAAGCCCCAGUCGCAGUCCCAGCCCGCCCCCAACCAGAGAGAGGAUUGAUGUCAGGGAGACUAGGAUUAUGGAGCAGAACAGGAGGAGCCCCUCGGUCGAGCGGAUUCGGAGCAGCACGCGGAUAGUCAACAGGGAACAGGAACGGGAGCCAACGCCGGUUCGCAUUGUUCGACGUGGUCGGUCGCCCUCGGUUGAAAGAGAGCGCAUUCGCAUUAUUGAGCGUUCUCGAUCCAGGGAGCGUCUGCCAUCCCCAAGCCCGUCGCCCCCUCCUCCACCUCCUGUACCCGAGGUGAUUCGUGCGCCCACCAUCGAGAGGGAGGUUAUCACGCACUACAAGAAUAUUGACCACGGCACCAUCCACCUCCCCAAACCGCGCUCACCGCCGCCGCCACGCCCAAUCCUCAAACAAACUCGUGAUUAUGAAGUCACCACCACUCGCGACACCGAGAUCGAUAUCUCCCGCAAUCGCGACCGCACGGAAGUUGACAUCCACGAGACACGCCGUCGCCGCUCCGUGUCCCGGGAUCGUGGCGCUCUAGUUGUUGCCCGUCCACGGAGUCCAUCUCCCCCUCCACGUGUUGUCGAGACGGAGCGUGAACGCAAGAUCCGCGUUGAUAUCGACAACAACUCCCGACACCGUUCCACCAGCAUCAGUGCUGAGUUCCGCAAGGGCCAUGGCCACACGCACUCACUUCCCCCUGCCCGGCGACCCGACUAUGCGGAAGAGUCAGACCGUAUCACGUCCCGCAUCGACAACCGCGGUCGCAUGGGUGAGGCGUGGAACGGUGCCACCCGCGAUUGGACCAUCGUCGACGUCCCUCCUGGAACAGAACGUGUUCGCAUGGACGGCGUGGGUGGUGGCGCAGCCGAGGUGACUUGGCAGCGUUACAAUGGUGUCCGGCGCGCCAAGUUCAUUCCGGAGCGCGAGCGCGAUCGCGAUGACGACUCCUACACCAGCGUUAGUGAUCGGGAUCGUACCGAGUCCGAUCGUCUCGCAGUCGAGAUUCGGGACAAGCGAACGACGGAUGUCGAGAUUCGGGACAAACGAACGAUGGAUGUCGAGAUUGAGCAAACAACUCGGCGACGAUCAAGGCGCCAAGACGAAUCGAUGUGGACUGAGAUAACCAAAGAUCUCGUCUGCCGCGAGGCAAUAAUAGAUAUGGGUUAUGAUUUUGAGGAGACGGACCUUUUCUUCUAUGUGAUGCAAUACUUGAAAUACGAGGACGUUCUUCGCCUUGUCGAACUGUCAGACGACAUUCGCAGGCACCGCAGGAGACAUCUGCGCGAGGUUGAGUUGGAUCGCGAGUACCGCGACGUGGACUACUAUCGCCGUUCCAGCAGGCGGAACGGAGACAAAUACUACGACCGCGAGCUCGAGGUCGAUGUCGACAGAGAGGUCUAUUAUGAUCGCCGCCCACGUGGCUACCUACGCUAA